AUGAAAGUAAUUUUAAAAAAAAGAAAUGGAAAAUUCAUAGACUGUUUUGAUUUAAGUCCUUCAACAACAGUUGAGGAAUUCAAAGAAAUUUUUUAUAAAAAAUAUCAUUAUUAUCCUGAAAGGCAAAAAUGGAAUUUAGAUAGUGCUGCAGGAAAAACUUUAAAAAGUGGAACAUUUGAAGAAAAUGGAAUCAAGGAUAGUGAUAUAUUAAUAUUUAAAGACCUUGGAGUACAAAUAUCUUGGAGAUUAGUUUAUGUGAUAGAAUACUUGGGGCCUAUUUUAAUUUUUCCUUUUUUUUAUUUUUGUGAUAAAUAUAUUUAUUCAUAUUCAAAUAAAAAUAAAAAUAUUAUUCAAAUAUUAUCAUUAUGGUUUUUAUUAUUUCAUUUUAUAAAAAGAGAAUUUGAAUCUUUAUUUGUUCAUCGAUUUAGUAAUGCUACAAUGCCAAUUAUCAGGGUUCCUAUAAAUUGUGGUCAUUAUUGGGUAUUAUGUGGUGUAAAUAUUGGAUAUUAUUUAUUUCAUCCCUUAUAUAAACCUCAUGAUAUAGUAUCAAAACCAUUUUUAGUAUAUUCUCUUUUCUUUGUGUUAUUAAUAUUAGAAUUUCUAAAUUUAAAAUGCCAUUUGAUAUUAAGAAAUUUAAGACCAAGAGGAACAAAAAAUAGAGGAAUACCUCAUGGAUAUGGUUUUAAAUAUAUAUCUUGUGCAAAUUAUUUCUAUGAAGUUUUAAUUUGGGCUAUAUUUUCUAUCAUAACUAAUACCUUAACAGGUUAUAUUUUUACUAUAGUUGCCACUACACAAAUGGCAAUAUGGGCUAUAAAAAAACACAAAAAUUAUAAAAGAGAAUUUCCAAAUUAUCCAAAAUCAAGAAAAGCAAUAUUUCCUUUUAUUUUAUGA